AUGACCGAAGGUUAUAAUUUUCUUCGAUUUUUACAUAGGAAAUAUACCGAAGAAGAAUAUAUAAAUGAAGCUUGGACGCCUAUUAGUGGAUUUCUCCGACAGCGUCUUCAGAAUACAAUGGAGAAUUUCGAAUCAACGUCAUACGAAACGAUUUAUCAUCAUAUUUACACAACUACGUGUAAAGGAUACAAAGAACGGCUUUUUACAGAUAUAAAAAAAGUGAUCAGUGAACACUGUCAAAAUGCAAAAGUCCAACUAGACGAAAGCAUGAAGAAAAUGAUUGACGAGCGUUCGACUAGAUUGAUGAACUGUUAUAUUCUUCAAUUCAUUGAUCAUGCACGACAAUUUCAUCGAGCAAUUGAACUUAUUAUUCCUUUUUUCCAUUAUCUCGAUGUCGUCUAUAUCAAAUCCAAACUACGAACAACCAUUCGACAAGAAUUCUAUGCUUCAUAUAAAGCAAUUGUCAUUGAAUGUCAUAUAAAUCAAGUUUUCAAUACACUUCAACAGCUUGUUCAAUCGUCAGAAGGACCAUCGAAAGAAAUCAUUAGUUUAUUAUUGAAAUUCGUUCACGAUAUUGCACCUGAUCUAGCAGUGAAACAGCGUCAUUUACUCAAACGAUACUGUAAUAACGAAGAUGUAUUCAACGAAAUGACAUCGAAUGGAGAUGAUACAUCUACUCCAACAUCACGCAAUGCUUCGAAACGAUCAGCUGAUGAGUCGGCAGGCGAAGAGGAUCAACCUUCAGCAAAACGUACAAGUCUCAUGCUCAAAUCUCCACGUUCAGAUAAUUGA